AUGGAAGGUUGGGAGAUCGAUCAGCUGCAACGUCGUUUGCACUGGACCCAGCUUCAAGCGUUGCUAUCAACGGAACCAGGGCUGACCAUCGUGGAACCGGAAAUGACCGGACCGCUUCGGGGAUCGACUCCACAAGCAGCCACUAGCAAAAUGGAAGCAGUUCUGCUUCACUGCAAUUUGGAUCAAGUGAUCACGGCAAGCCGAUCACUGUUUAAAGCGCUGGUCCCACUGACCGGCAACUAUGACUCCGCUGAUCGCGAGAUCACGACCAUUAUCAUGGUCAAAGAGGAAGACUGUUUACCAGCGGCGUCGUCACAUUACGCUUCGGCGGAGUCGAUUGCGGACGAUAGCGACGGCUUAAAAAUAAAGCGAAUGUCGUUAGAACCUUCCGGUGCAGCACUUUUACGUGACCACCACGAGCAUCCGACUCCAACCACCGGACCGUUGAGACUAACCACAGAGCCAGUCAAUGUUAUGGAUGACCCCGACCAGAUGCAAAUUUUCUUUGCAAAGGCCAUGGAAAAGUUCAUGCGAGUUCAACAGCGACGGCCGCCACGUUCUGAGCCGACCAGUCGCCCCAACCCCAACCACAAGGUGUUCGGGGUAGGUAUGCCAGACACGGACAUGGAAUCGGCUGACUCGCAUGGUAGUCGCGGCUACACCUUUGACCCUGACGACCUCGACAUUGACGGCGUCCGUCGACCUCACUUGGCUAGUACGGAAGCCAUUAUGGGAGAAGGAUUUGCUGCGCAGCGGAUUCGCAUGUCUUCGAUCGCCGAUCUAAAGGAGUUCUCAGGCCGCGAUCAGGAUGAUGAUUGCGCUCGAAGCUGGUUGCGAAAGGUCUAUUAG